UUGCAGUGUCUGGGGAGAUACCCACUGGCCCCCCGGUGUGAUUUUAGUUGGACAGGGUGAAAAAGUGGUCCUCAGUCCUUCCUCAGGGAAGGGGCUACUGGGACUUCUCCGGCUCUGGCAACCACAGGCCCAGGCUCAGCCCAGCCAGCAGGUGGGGGAUGCAGCCAUAAGACCUGUCUCCGGAGGGGCUGUCCCCUCCCACCAUCAGGCUGUGGCACUGAGACUUAACAAAGGCACUGAGGCAGGGACAGCCCUGGAUCAAGGAACCCUUCCACCCCUGCUGUGUGAGCCUGGGUAGGGGUGAGGCGUGGUCUGUGGGCACUGAGAGGUCAUUCCCUGGUCCCGUGAAGAGGGAGCAGGCAGGCAGGAAGGUCCAGCAUGCAUGCUGUCUCGAGGCCGGCUCCUUUGGAGGAGCCCUCCUUUCAGGGGCGGCUCGGUGCUUGCUUACACAGAGGAUGUCACGCAGAGCCAUGGGCUGCGAAUACCAGGCCUGGCUCUGGGCUCGGGUUAUAACAUCAGGGGCUCCAGGAAUGGUGAAAAAAAAUGUGCUGUUGAGGCUGCCCGGGCUAACACUGGUGGCAGUGGCCACAGGAAGAGUGAGUAGGGCUGAGGGUGCCUGAGGGGGAGCCUAUCGCUCUUGGAAUCUGGCAUGGGGAUGGGUGGGGUGAUUAAUCUGAAAUUUCUUACCCAGUUCCUACAGCCACUCCAAGAGGGGUGUACAGCAUGUCUGUGGGGGGAGUCGGCAGGAAUGCCGAGUGUGCAUGCGUGACAACAUAGUCAAAGAGAUGCUCCUCCCUUCCUAGCUGCCCCUGAGACCUACUUUUUCUCUGAGCUGUGUUAAACUGAGAUUGGAAUCCAAGCCAGUUUUCCUCUUACCUCUUUGCCCUUAGUGGAGGAAACCGAGGCAGCUGCGGGGGAAACAGGACGGUUGAAGUCCUUAAUCUUUGAGUACUCGCUUGCCCCACCGGCCUUGGGAACCUCAGUGCCCCCAGAACACUGCGAGGACGCGGGUCUCGGGGCUGGCCGCGGACAAGCCACACGCGGGAGGCAGCAGGGGGCGCUCGCAAUCUGGCCACGUGCGCCUCCCAGGGCUCCGCAGGCCCGACGGGGUCUGGUCGGGGCUAGAAAGCACUUGGGGAAGGGGCUCCGGGCAGUCUCCCCACUCCCCCCUACUCCUUCCACUCGGCUUCCUUCUCGAGCGCGGGGUCGGAGGUGUGGUUCAUUACGCUGCGGUGCCCCAACACACCCAUCCACCUUCUCCCCGGGGCUCACGCGCGGCGGGAGGAGAGAUCAGUCGGAGCCCACGGUCCUAAAUUCCGGUGCUCUGACCGGGUCUGAAGGAGGGGUUCCCCCCCCUCCCCGUCCCAGCUCCCCGUGCGCACCAACCCUUCCACUUCUGCCAGGAUCCCUCCCGGAGUCUGGAAGACCCCGGACGCUUCUCUGACCUCCCGUGGCUCGGAGGCCGGGAGGAAAAGGGGUAUAGGAGCGCCAGGGCGGAGGCCCGGGGCUGCGGGGAUGCUGCGGCCGGUGAGUCCUCCCUCCAGGCGCACCUUCCACCCAUCCGCGGUCCGCCCGCCCGCCCCGCCUCCAUCUUCUCCUCCUGCUCCCGCCUCCAGUCUCCUCCCUCCUCCCGGCGCGUUCGCUCUCCUCCCAUUCCCCUGCCGCGGCGCGCUGCCUGCAGGCGCGGUUCCCGGUAGAGCCAGCGAGCGGAACGGGCGCCUCGGCCUCUGCGCCUCCUCCCACAACCGGUGGCGCGCCCCCCGCCCGGCCCACCGGGCCCGUGCCCCAGCGUGCGUCCAGCAGCCUCGGAGCGGGAGGGCACAACUUUCCCCCGGUCCCGGGAGGGGCGGGGACGACAGAGGGACAACUUGGAAAACUUCUCCGGGAAGGACGGCAGGGACGCCGGGUGCUGGUGGAAGGGGAUGUAGGAGGGCGGUGGCUGGCCCCAGGCAUCCCUCGAUCUCCUAGGCCCGGUUCGGCCUGGCCAUGGGGCACCAGCGCCUUCUGCGCCGCCAGGGGCUUGAUCCUCCCGUCUAGCCUAACUGGGUAGGACAGUGCUGUCGCCGGCUGAGCUCGCGCCGACCGAGCAGCGACCCCUCUGGCCGCGUUCUGCCCCGCCAUGGACCACCAGGAGCCCUACUCGGUGCAGGCCACCGCGGCCAUCGCGGCGGUCAUCACGUUCCUCAUCCUCUUCACCAUCUUUGGCAACGCGCUGGUCAUCCUGGCUGUGCUGACGAGCCGCUCGCUGCGCGCCCCGCAGAACCUGUUCCUGGUGUCGCUGGCCGCUGCGGACAUCCUGGUAGCCACGCUCAUCAUCCCUUUCUCGCUGGCCAACGAGCUGCUGGGCUACUGGUACUUCCGGCGCACGUGGUGCGAGGUGUACUUGGCGCUGGACGUGCUCUUCUGCACCUCGUCCAUCGUGCACCUGUGCGCCAUCAGCCUGGACCGCUACUGGGCCGUGAGUCGCGCGCUGGAGUACAACUCCAAGCGCACCCCGCGCCGUAUCAAGUGCAUCAUCCUCACUGUGUGGCUCAUCGCGGCCGUCAUCUCCCUGCCACCGCUCAUCUACAAGGGCGACCAGGGGCCGCAGCCCCGCGGGCGCCCCCAGUGCAAACUCAACCAAGAGGCCUGGUACGUCCUGGCCUCUAGCAUCGGCUCCUUCUUCGCCCCCUGCCUCAUCAUGAUCCUCGUCUACCUGCGCAUCUACCUGAUUGCCAGACGCAGUCACCGCAGAGGUCCCAGGGCCAAGGGGGCCCCCGGGGCCGGUGAGGGCAAGCAGCCCCGCUCAGUCCCUACGGGAACCUCAACCAACCUGCCAACCCUGGUCUCUCUGGCUGCUUCUGGGGAGGCCAACGGACACCCUAAGCCUACUGGGGAGAAAGAAGAGGGGGCUACCGCUGAAGAUCCCGGGACCCCUGCCUUGCCACCCAGCUGGUCAGCCCUUCCCAACUCAGGCCCGAGUCGGAAGGAAGGUGCGUGUGGGGCUUCUCCAGAGGACAACGCGGAAGAGGAGGACGAGGAGGAGGAGUGUGAGCCUCAGGCCUUACCAGCGUCUCCCGCGUCAGCCUGUAGCCCCCCCCUGCCGCAGCCACAGGGCUCACGGGUGCUGGCAACCCUACGCGGCCAGGUGCUCCUGGGCCGGGGUGCGGGCACCGCGAGCGGGCAGUGGUGGCGGCGGCGGGCGCAGCUGACUCGGGAGAAGCGCUUCACCUUUGUGCUGGCCGUGGUCAUCGGCGUUUUUGUGCUCUGCUGGUUCCCCUUCUUCUUCAGCUAUAGCCUGGGCGCCAUCUGCCCACAGCGCUGCAAGGUGCCCCACGGCCUCUUCCAGUUCUUCUUCUGGAUUGGCUACUGUAACAGCUCGCUGAACCCCGUCAUCUAUACCAUCUUUAACCAGGACUUUCGCCGUGCCUUCCGAAGGAUCCUUUGCCGCCAGUGGACCCAGACGGCAUGAGGAAGAGCCUGAGGAGCAGAGCCCGGGCCUGCCCACGGUCACACAGCCGUGGUGGUGGUGCGGUGGUGCGGCUGGAGCUGGGCCCCGGGACCCCCGGUUCCCAGGCCGCCUUCUUUCCUCUCACACCCUGUUCCUGCUGUUCCGUGUGAGUAGCACCAGCUUUGGGUUUCACCCUGAGCCCAUCUGAGGGUUGGUGGGUCGAAGGGGUGGGCUCAGAGCAGCAGAGGUGAGGGUGGGGGGAGAGCAGGCCUCCUCCCAGGAGUGAUCCGUAUGCAGCCUCGGGGUGAGGGCGGGGGACAGGAGGCAGCAUGAGGCGCGCAGUACACCAGCUGGAUGCGAGCUGUCCUGGAGGCGCACUUGCGCCUUCUGCAGCCCUUCUAUCUUCUGUCGUAUGUCACCCCUGACAAAGGGGGGGACCAACCACAAAGACGGUUAAAGAAGAGGUGGGGUGGAUGGCUUAGGAAGACAUCUCCCCUCCAGUUUCACUGGCGGCGUAAGAAUCUGGGUCCUUUGAUCACAGGGGAUACCCUUGAAAGGGAGCUCAGUCCCAGCCUCUGCCUCAGGCCAGCUGCUGAGAAAUUAGGGGCUGCUGGGAAUUCCUCUUGGGGGCACUGCUGCGGGAGCCCCCCCCCCCCGCCCAUCUGCUCAAAGGUAGCUGUGCCAGAAGGGCCGGCAGACCCGCUGCCAAGACUCUGGGUGGAGCGGGCUUAUGAGAUCGUUAGACCCCGGUGUCUCCCUGUCCUCUUUUCUGUGUUCGGGAGCUGGUACUGAGAACUGGAUGUGAGACGUGCAAACGGAGGUGUUGCUGCUGGCAGGGCCUAGGGAGGCAUUGCCCAGGUGGAGCUGAUACUGGGCAACCUUUGGCUUCCCUGGGGCUGGCCAGGAGUUCUGCUUGGAGGGCCUGAUCGCUGUGAACGGCCCGGGCUGGUGUGGGACUGAGCGCCAGUGAAAACCACAGUGGGGAGGUGGCGGGGAGGCCAGGGUCAAGCUCUGCUUCUGCCGUCAUUUGUCCAGCUGCCCCUGAGCGGGGCUGGGUCCUUCCACGGGCCUCACUGUCCCUGCCUGCCCACGAGGAGUUGACCCCAUGCUCCCUAGGGUUCCCCAGCUCGAGGCUCCAUCUCUGCCGUGCCCCCGGCUUUCUGGAAGAUCCAGAUUUAGAGGUUCCUGGAGUUAAUCCGUUGUUGUUAGGGUCAGGUUCUUGGGCAGGCUUAGGGCUGUGUUUCCUUCACCUUUGUGCCUUAGAGCAGAAGCAGGUGGGGGCUGGGGUGACCGAUCAGUUUGGGGCCCUCUGAGAUGGGCAGUGGCAGAGGAAUGAUGACAGGUCUGAGCCAUCAGGACUAGUUAGUGCCUGACAUGCACUGUCUGAGACUAGAUUUUAUAGGAGAGGAAAGUGAUUCCGAGGUAGAUUGAGCGUCUUGCCUGAGGUCAUCCAGAGCCAGGACACCAACCCACCCAGUUUAAUCUCCAUUGUGUCACUAACUGGCCUCAUCAUCUGCCUCCUUAACAAUGGGGGAGCAGGCCUCGCUCCCACCCAGCCCAGCAAAGCCCCUGACCUGUGCUAGCUGGAGGGCUGCCCCUACAGAGACCCCACGGCUUAGGUGGAGCGUAGGGGGGGCGGACUGCUGGUACUUCCAUUAGAGUGGGAGCUGGGCAGGGGUGGGAAGCUCUGCUCACUGUUAGCAGGGGAGGCGGGAGCACUCAGCUAAAAUUAGAUUCUGGGAUUUUUCGUUCUCCUGCAUCCGUCCGUCCUUCCGUCCGGCAUAGGGAAGGCUGUUGUCAGCACACCAGAGCUGGAAGGAGCCGGGAUGUCAGCUUGGACCCUUCCCAGGGCUCGCUGGCUCUGAUCUUCUCACACCCUCCCCUGGCCUUUGGCCAAAGGCUCCUGCCCUUGGCUUGGCCUUGUGGCCAUCUAUUGAUUAGCAGUGAUUUCAAAGGAAGAGCGCCCCCCCCUCUUAAUAC